GUCUGUGUCCGGCGCUACAAGCAACCAUGGUGGAACAGUUCGUGGGUACCUGGAAGCUGACUGACAGCCAGGGAUUCGAUGAGUACAUGCAGAGUCUGGGUGUCGGCUUUGCCACAAGAAAGGCAGGCGCUAUGGCUAAGCCCAAUGUAAUUAUUUCUGUUAACGGUGACAAGAUCUUGUUAAAGACGGAGAGCACUUUAAAAACAACAGAUAUGACGUUUAAACUGGGAGAGGAGUUUGAUGAGACCACAGCAGAUAACAGAAAUACAAAGACCUUGAUAACCUGCGACAGUGGCGUUCUGAAUCAGGUGCAGAAGUGGGAUGGAAAAGAGACCACUAUUCAAAGAGAAAUUAAAAAUGGACAGUUGGUAGUGACCUGUACAAUGGGAAAUGUGAAAUGCGUCCGUACAUAUGAAAAGGUGAAGGCAUAAGUCAGAAUCUCAGCUGAGGCUGAUUCAACAUAAGGAGAGCUCAGUUCCAUGAGCCACCCCUCAGCCACACCAGUCGGCCUUUUAAAUUCUCAGUUUUGGCCUCUUCAUUUGAUAACUGAACUACUUUACAAGAAUGUAUUGGAAUGAAAUAAUAUAAUCAAUGUGACUUGCUAUGGAUGUUCAAUAAAUAUAUGCAGCCCAUGACUAA